AAUCGUGCGAUUUUCAGUAACUGUGUAGGAAACAUAAACAGUGCACUAAUAAAGAUUGAUCCCGCAAAUUUGGCGGGAAAAGCUUGGCAGCAAUCGCUCACAGUGGUCACCAGUCGAGUUGCAAGUAAUCGCAAAUUUUCAAAAAUCUCAGCAUUUUUCCUUCAAGAUGGAGGAAAUUGUAAUAGAAAGCCUGUAUCAGACUGUCCUUGGCAACCUGGAUGCCAGUCAGAUCGGUCGCAACUCAAGCCUCUGGGAUGUCCUAACGCUGGUCACCGAAACCGUCCAAGAGCUGAACAUUUCGGAAAUACAGAAAUCCAACGAAUCGGCUGCAAAACAUCGUAUCGCCGGAAACCAGCUCUAUCAGGAACGAAAGUACGCCGAAGCACUGGCAUAUUACACCGAAAGCAUUCGCUUAGCGGAACCGGAAUCUGACCAGCUUGGCAUGGGAUAUGCCAAUCGGUCGGUCAUUUACUACGAGCAGGGCGAGUUCGAGUUGGCCCUGUAUAACAUCGAUUUGGCCAAGAGGAGCAACUACCCGGUGAUGCUGAUGCCGAAGUUGCUGGAUAGGGAGUUCAACUGCAAGCAGCAGAUUGCCGCAGGCCGUUCGAAGGACACGUUCCCCUGUUUGCCGAUGGACAUUAAUGUGGACACCAACCCGAGGAUUCCCUUCUUGGCCGACGGGAUCGGAAUGACUUAUGGAUCUACGUAUGGUCGAGGAAUGGUUGCUGAAAAGGAUUUCAACCCGGGAGAUGUGAUCUUGGACGAAAAAAUCGAAUUGUGUGGAGUUGACUUGAAUCUUGCUUCGGAGCACUGCAAUCACUGCAGUUCUCGAUUCAACUGCAGCUUAAUUCCUUGCCCAACGUGCACGAUCUUCAUGUACUGCAGCCAGGAAUGUCUCGAGCAGAACUGGAAGUUCUACCAUCGAUUCGAGUGUGCCGUGGCGACCAAGCUUCUCAGCGCUUCCUAUCUACCGUCGAUGGUUUGUCCAAGACUGUUCUUCUACGGUUUGACGCAGUUUGAUGACGAUCUGCAGGCCAUGAUGGAAUACUGCGAGAAAGAGAUCAACGUCAAAUUCAACCCUCUUGACCUGGAUUACACGAAUCUAGACCGACUGGAGGUGUUCAAGGCCUUACACAACACCAAGCCGUUCGACAUUCCGGAGAUGGAAUAUGUUGUCAAAUAUACAGCCUGCGCGUAUUACGUCGUGCUGCUGAUGAACCCCGCGGUCAGUUCGAUUAUCCGCACCGAGACCCAUCGACAAUUCUUCCUGCGAACGCUGCUGCAGUACGUUCGUGUAACAUGCUCAUUGACUUCUUAUUCUUCACGCUCGCUUAUCAAUGUGGGAACAAUUUCUCCAGUCUACAGCAUCUGCAACCACUCGUGUGACCCAAACGCGAUCACGAUCAACGAUUUCGGCCGAACGAAGCUGGUAAUCCUGCGACCCGUCCGCAAUGGUGAACAGAUCUUCACCUAUACACAAACCUGGUGGUGUCCCGUUUACGCCGGUGUUCGCUGCUGCUGCAAUAUUUGUGACCUUGAAAAGGCUAGCCAAGGGUGGCGUACGAAGUUCAACCGAGAUUUUUCACCGGAAGUUCAAAGGCAAUUUGAAGCGCUGAAAAAGGACAUGGCCCGUGCUGAUUUGAACGCGGUCGCCAAGCUGAAUCGGCUGCAGCAGUUUAUUCAGCGAUACGCCGAACGUUACCAUCCCCAGAAGAACUUCGGUAUGGUGCUGAAAGGUUUUAAUGACCUCCUGGACUGCGCUGCCUGCAACGGGAAUGUGGCGCUGGCGAAGGCGCAAUUGCGAGCCACCUAUGCCGAGCAUUGAGUGCGGGCGAAGUAAUUUCUUGCUCUUUUUCUUCUGCUAUUUUUUG